CACACACACACACACAAACACUCACAGAGAGAGAGAGAGAGAGAGAGAGAGAGAGAGAUGGACCGUCUAAAUAUGAGCAACUUCUGGAACUUCCUUUCAACCAUUGAAGGUGCCUCAGAGAGGCUGCCAUUACUAGAAAAUUACGUUCAAAGGUUAGAGAACGAUAUGAGUAGCAUGCAACCCCGUGAUGGUGAGCUGGUGCACAUCCUACUCCUCAAAGAUGCUGUGAAAGCAUGUAGAAUGGAGGAGAUGAAGAAGAAGAAGAAUGACAUAAUUUCGGAAUCUAAACAAUCUGAGGUGACGCAGCUUUUCCUAUUGAAGGGAAAUAGAGGUUCUUCACGGGAUGAUCAACUGAGAGCGACGAUGCAAACAAAUGAGGGCACAUGCGCAGAUAAGACCCAGUGGAUCAGCUCUUCUCCUCCCAUGCGGAACAUUUCCAGCAAUAACACGCACAAUUCAAGUGUCCAGCUUUCACAGCGUGCAACUUCAAACACUGAUCAGCCAUGCAUUAAGUGGGGAAAUGGACAACAGAAAUUAUUCAAUAUGCCAUCCGCGGCAAACUUAAGGUUUCCGGUAGCCAGCAUUUUGACCCAAGGCGAAGGGAGAGAUAACAAUAAGGGCUGCAUCAGGUUGGCCAUGGCUCCGGUCAGCCGGGCUGCAUUUCUAACUCCGACGACGAUGGCGCCGGUGAUUACUCCGUCGAACCCCCAGCACCUGGACCUGCGGCAGGCCAACGUCGGACGAGAUGAGAGCAAAGUCAUUAAUAUUAUUCCGGCCACAAACAGCGUUGGACAUGGCCGGAGUAGAAUGGGCAGUAUUGGGCGGCGAAGGAAGCCAUUGAAGGAGGCAAGUUGGAAGAGCCACAGAAGAUGCUGGACGCCGGAGUUGCAUGCUCGCUUUGUGCAUGCUUUGAAGAUCCACGGUGGCCCCGAAGCUGCUACUCCAAAGCAGAUAAGGGAGGUAAUGCAGGUUGAAGGGCUGACCAACGAUCAAGUAAAAAGUCAUCUGCAGAAAUAUAGAAUUCAUUAUCGGAGACUUUCAGCAGCAAACCGUGCAAAACGAAUGCUGGUUUUUGAGCAGUUAUGGGCACCAAUUUGUCAACCCACAGCCACGGACCCAAGCUCUCUUGUCCACGUACUGCAGCAACCCAGGGUGCAGUCUGAGUGCAACCAUAACCAGCUGGCGGGGUCAUUCCACACAGCUGGUACGUGCUUUUCACAAUACGAACAGUGCAAGGAGCAACUCAGAAGGCUACCCUAGUGGCUCAUGGAGAGAAGAUCUGCUUCAAAUUUACUCGGAAAUUUAUGCCUAGCACAGAUCAACACAUGCAUGCAUGCACCCAUCGAGCAAUGGAAAAGUCAAGCAUCUAUGGGAUAUAUGAAGAUCUUAAGGGAACUGCAGUAUAUAUAUACACAUAUAAAUUAGAUGUAGACGAGAAAAAUGCCUGCUGCUCUUUUCUCUCUCAUGUUUACUUAAUUAUAAGCUGUUUUUUGUGAACUUGGGGCACAAAGACA